GGUCACGCUGGUGGAGGAACGCUGCUCCUCAGUCACCUCCUGACUCUCAGAGAGGAGACACGCGGAGGUGCAGCUGAAGGAGCAGAUAUCAGGUGGUGGUUAUAAUCCACUUGGGCUCAAAGGGUCCUGUUUGCUAUGUUUAACUGCUGGAGUUAGUUUUUGGGUCAGGUUUCACAUUUCACUGACUCCUCUCGCAACUCUGUAGCCUGGAGGGGGGCAUGUUGCUGCAGGCGAGCAGAGAGCCGGGCUUUGUUCCUCCACUCUCUCACUCACACACAUACACACACACAGACACACACACACACACACACACACCCACACACACACAGAUUGUACCGGGUACGCGCGGAUGGGCUCCUUCUGAUGCCAAAACGCUUCCUUGUUCUUUCCUGAUCGACCUGAUCUCCUCUCGCAGCCUUCGCCUUCCGCUGCCUCGCCAUGGCCACGCUCGCCCGCAGCGCACCUCUGCCGGGGGGGAGCGCACUUGUUGAGGGGCCGCAGUUCCAGAAGCUGGUGCAGCAGAGCUGCAGCCUGGCGCACAAGAUCCUGCUCUCCGUGCCCGACGCCCACAGGUCCUGCAUCCACACAGAGACUCUGCAGCUAAACUCCACAGACAAUACCAAGCUUGAGAUAAUGGCAGCCAACAUCGGCAUCCUCCCGGCUCCUGUGCUCCGAGCCGUGUCAGAAAACUUCACUUUGAAUACCUGUUUGACCCGCAUGUCUGAAGGUCUUCAGCUGCACCGGGCCUUACUGAGCGCCAUUUCUGAAAGGCUGCAGAGCCAAAACAAAGUGACUGAGCUAAUGGCCGACAUCAGAGACCUCACCAUUCAGAUCAACAAGAUGUUGCAGAAAAAUGGAGCGGUGCAACCCUCGCCGACCCCGGUUGUUUUACGUCUGCACGGGGAAUACGAGGUUCAGGUGGCGGCGCACCUGACUCUGGUGCAGCUCCAGGCGUUUGGGCGGGACGCCAUCCGCUGCCUCAGGAACCUGGACCAGAGCCGUGAAGAAGAGGCGGAGAGCUGACCAACGGGUGUCGGCCUCUAAAUGCUUUUGGCUUUUGUUCCAGAAGUACCUUAUCCUGACGUUUUUUUUUUAUAAUGGCGCUUUAUUUAUUUAUUAACUAAAAGAUAAUUUAUUUUUAAUAUUCUAUUUUUAUUUUAAGCAAGAUGUGUGAAGGCGGUCACUCAAGCAAGACCAGGGAAGUGGAUGAAAUUAAGAGCAGAGAGAAAAGGAAGAUCAGCUGGAAGGAGCUGUGGGGAAUGGAAGCAAGGAUUAGCGUCCUGCUUAGAGCAAACUGUGACGUCCUUCCCCUCGUUAAGAUCCACCCUGUCCACUAUGCUCGACUCCAGCUACCCUGAGGCCCAUCCUCACUGGUUGUAAAAUAAGCCUCUCCUUAAGGUUGGUAUACGUGGAGACACAACCAGGUACAAAAAUGACUUGCAGCAACAAUUGAAACUUGAUGGACAUGGGCCAGCAGCUUUCAGCCCCUUCAAAUAUUGUCACUACCACCCUGAGACCUGAUACUCUGGUCCGACACCCUGACAGUACACUGGGAGGAAGCUGUGGAUGAAGCGGAUGAGAAGAAAAGGCUGCGGUAUGAAGUCAUGCCAUUAGAGGCAGAGCAACGUGGCUGGAAAUCAAUAUUUAAGUAACAUCCACCAUCAGGACGCUCAAAGUUCUGGGGAUAUUGCACAUAUUCAACAUAUUGUCCUAUAUUUUAAAAUGAUAUAUGUAUUUAUUUAUAAAUGUGGAAUAUUUAGUAUUUAUUUGGGGGAUUCAUUUUGAUAACAAAGCUUUGUUUUGCUCCGUUAUGUUUUAUCCUGCCGACUUCAACUAUUUAACGUAUGUUUGCACAAAAGCUUUGAAAAUUAAAUCACUAUGAAGUCUCAGACAAAAUCUAACAAUAUAUUUGAGUAGUACAACAACUAUACUUACUCUCUCUUCAUAACAGAUUUUAAUAUCAGUAAUGUGUAAGAAAACAGUAAGUGUAGACAUUUGUAUGAACUUUAUCAUCUGUUAACACUCAUGUUGGGGAAUGUAGGCACAUUUUGGAAUCGUUAUGUUCUGUUGUAAUCAAAAAUGGUAUGUUUCGAUCCCUUAAAUAAAAUGAAAAAAUGAAAAGAAAA